AUGGGCACCCUGAGCUGUGGACCCCCUCCUCCCCGUCUGCCUGGUGCUCUUCUAGCCCGACGGGGCACCGUGUGCCAGCUGAGUGAGACGGGCCAGAAGAAGACGUCGGGGAUCACUACGUGUGAGACUGGUCCGGGUCCUGACCUGUUCUGUCUUCCCUCGACCGUGGGUUAUAUCAGCCAUGACUUCACCAAGAAGGCUAGUCCAGCAUACUCCUUCCUCAGCAGGCCCAUCGAUGUGACUCGACGAGAUUCCAGCCCUGGGCCCUGCUAUUUCGUGCAGCCCAACAUCACCCGUUUUGGCCGGAGCAGUGCCCCUGCCUACUCCCUGCAGUCCCGAACCAAGCCCAAAGAUCUGGAGGUGACACCUGGCCCUGGUGCCUACAGCCCGGAGAAGGUGCCUCCUAUCAACCAGCCAAGAUCUCCUGCUUACAGCCUGGGCUUGCGCAUACCCCGCUGCCGCUUGGUAGACUCUGUCCCAGCCCCCAACAGCUAUACCCUGCCUUCUCUGUGGGGCUCCCAGAUCUUUACCAAACCUUGCAGCCCCAGCUACUCAGUGUCGGGUCGAACGGCCCAGGCCCGUUUCACUGAGGACCCAUCUCAGCUCCCGGGGCCAGGCCAGUAUGAGUGCCCAGACCCAGAUACCUAUAGGCAGCGCCGGGGGCCUGCCUAUUCCAUGCUGGGGCGCCCCUGUGCUCCUCGCCCCCUCUUCCAGACACCAGGUCCUGGUGCCCACAACCCAGAGCAGGUCACAGUGCACUGGACCCGGGCACCUGCUUACUCCCUGGGUAUACGCCAUUCCAAGUUUGUUACCCCUCUGCUCACAGACAACACAGCUUGA